AUGGAACGAUCGUUACCCAACUUUGCAAGAGAAACCAUAUCAACGUUGAAGAAUAGUUUCCUUUUCCAAGGAAGAGGAGGUUACUAUGCACAAAUGGAUCAAGAAUCAGAUAACGAAGAAGACGACGACAACAACAAUAAUACUAUAUCUCAUAGCUUAUUCUAUUCUGUGCGACAAAAUGAUACAGACAUCAAUGAAGAUAGCAUACCUUUAACUCUCUCAAACGCCUACUCUGAUAGAAGCCAGCUAUUGUUCGAUCAAGAGCAAGAGGAAGAAGCUAAACCAUCAUCCAUAUAUCUCGAUGAACCACUUUCAGCGGAACCUUCUCAGGGAAUCAUUUACCCAAACCCUUUAUCGGAAUCAUUGCUACCUACUUCAGCAUCAAGUCAUGCAAUUGAAAAGUAUCUUAAAGGGACAACGUUUGAAACGAUUAAAGGCAGUGCAGGUAAGAUUCAUAUGCUUGUUCCAGUGGCUUUAGUUAGUGUAUUUAUAUGGUCUUUAGUAGAAUCCUUGCAAAAAAAUUAUGUAGUGGAGGACGGGAAGCGAUUAUCAGCAACAGACAAAGGAUUGACACUUAUGUCCUUCAUACCAUUUAUGCUGAACCUUAUCUAUCUGAAAGUUGUUUUUGACAAUAAAUCGAGGAUUAACAGAACCAUUACAGUAAUCGAGCUUGCAUGCGAUGUGGUACGAUUCAACCCCGGCCUAUUUCUGGUGUUGGUGCUAUUAUUAGGUGUCUUUAUAGGCUUUUCAAUUAUUUGGCUUGUACUGUUCAAUCGGUUAUGGCUAAUUGGCCACCUCAGUGAUAAAUCAUCUGCAACAGGGGCCACGUGGAUUGUCAACAACUAUGUUUACUCCAUUGCAGCUUUUUAUGUAUUUAUAUUCAUGUGGACAGCCAAAUUACUAGUAUAUAUGGAGAGGUUCGCAGUAUCAGCCAUAGCAGCACAAUGGUAUUUUCAUCGCAAUGAGCCCUCUAGUGACUCUGAUGUUAAUCCACCUUGGAAGGCAGCUAUUGUACGUGCAUCGACCACUUCUUUUGGUACGCUCGCGUUAGGAAGUUUGAUUUUAGCAAUAAUACAAUUUUUGCAGUUCACUGUUAGACUACUGAAGAAGUACUCUAAAACAGCUCGACCUUUUUCUGCAAUAGCCGCUGUUAUUUUGAGAUUUAUUCAGGUUCUUGUCAGUACUUUUAGCAAUUAUACCAUCACUCUAGCUGGAAUUACUGGUGAUGGCUUUUUUUCGGCAGCCUCAACGGCUACCAAAAUUUUCAGACGUAAUUUGUUGACAGGUUUAUUUGGAGAUCUCUUAACCCAGGUUAUUCUGUACAUUGGCACAGGUGUUGUUGCAGUGUCGUCAGGUUUAGGUGCUUAUAUAUACGCUACACACAAUCUUCAUUCACCUCAUGGGUUUGUCGUUGGCCUUGUCGGUACAUUGUUGCCCUGGUACCUAUCCCAGUUUUUCUCCUACCUUUUAAUGAGCAUGUAA